GUGAUGCCCCGCCCCCAACCCAGAGGAGGAUAGGGCUGCUGGGGGAGAAAGUGGAGAGAGUCAGAGCUCUGCGGCACUGGGUGACGUCUUGUGACCAUGGCUCUGGAGCCUCGGAAAGGGCGGGACUACGGUUUCUCAGAACCGUUAGGCCACUCACAGUGGAGGAAGCGCUAACGGGACAGUCGCACAAGCCAACCGCAGCCGGAGCUCUGCAGGUGGACCUGGGUGGAGACUUCGCGCACUGCAGUUGCAGAACAGGUGGAAUUGGCUAUGGAUAAUUCAUACAAUUUCAAUGAACAAGGCUCAUGGAAUGGAAUCUCAUCUGAAAAGAAAAAGAAUUUCCUUGCAUCAGAAGAUCAUGGACAGAAAAUUUUAAGUGUUCUACAGAGUUUUAGAGAACAGAAUGUCUUUUAUGAUUUCAAAAUAAUAAUGAAAGAAGAAAUAAUCCCAUGCCAUCGUUGUGUGUUGGCGGCAUGCAGUGACUUUUUCAGGGCCAUGUUUGAAGUAAACAUGAAAGAAAGAGAUGAUGGAAGUGUUACCAUUACUAACUUGUCCUCCAAAGCAGUAAAGGCAUUUCUUGACUACGCCUAUACCGGGAAAGCAAGAAUAACAGAUGAGAAUGUGGAAAUGUUCUUCCAGCUGUCGUCCUUUCUGCAGGUCCCCUUCCUAUCCAAAGUUUGCAGUGACUUUUUAAUAAAAAGCGUCAGUCUCGUCAAUUGUUUGCAUUUGUUAUCUCUGUCAGACAGCUACGGCUCUACCCAUUUGUUUAGUCACACUUUAUGCUUCGUACAGCGUCACUUUCAUUUGCUAUUUAAAUCCAGAGAGUUUUUAGAGAUGAAUUUUGGAGUGCUACAGAAGUGUCUGGAGUCAGAUGAGUUAAAUGUGCCUGAAGAAGAAAUAGUCCUGAAGGUUGUCAUCACAUGGAUUAAAUACAACUUAGAGUCCAGGAGAAAGCACCUGCCUCACUUGAUUACAAAAGUAAGGUUACAUCAGUUACCCGAGGACACACUUCAAGACUAUCUGCUCAAUGAAGAGUGUUUACUCAAAAGCACAAACUGCUUUGAUGUAAUUGUGGAUGCCAUUAAGUGUGUGCAAGGUUCUAGUGGCCUCUUCCCUGAUGCUCGACCAUCCACAACUGAAAAAUAUAUAUUCAUCCAUAAAACUGAGGAAAAUGGCGAAAAUCAAUAUACAUUUUGCUAUAAUAUUAAAACUGACUCAUGGAAAAUACUGCCACAAUCACAUCUUAUUGAUUUGCCAGGAUCUAGUCUGUCUAGCUAUGGAGAGAAAAUAUUCUUAACAGGUGGUUGUAAAGGGAAGUGCUGUAGGAAGGUUCGACUUCAUAUUGCUGAGUCUUACCAUGAUGCCACUGACCAGACCUGGUGCUACUGUCCAGUCAAAAAUGAGUUUUUCUUGGUUUCAACCAUGAAAACCCCGAGAACCAUGCAUACAUCAGUCAUGGCUCUCAAUCGAUUAUUUGUUAUAGGUGGAAAGACUAGAGGAUCCCAGGACAUUAAAAGUCUCUUAGAUGUUGAAUCUUAUGAUCCACUAUCCAAAGAGUGGACAUCGGUUAGCCCUUUACCCAGAGGCAUCUUUUACCCAGAAGCCAGUGCAUGUCAGAAUGUCAUUUAUGUUCUUGGAUCUGAGGUAGAGAUUGCAGAUUCAUUUAACCCAUCCCUUGAUUGUUUUUUUAAAUACAAUGCUACAACUGACCAGUGGUCUGAACUAGUAGCAGAGUUUGGGCAGUUCUUUCAUGCUACUCUAAUUAAAGCUGUUCCAGUAAACUGUACCCUGUAUAUAUGUGAUCUUUCCACCUAUAAGGUGUAUAGUUUUUGUCCUGAUACUUGUGUUUGGAAAGGAGAAGGCUCUUUUGAAUGUGCAGGCUUUAAUGCGGGUGCAAUUGGGAUUGAGGAUAAGAUUUACAUAUUAGGUGGAGAUUAUGCACCAGAUGAGAUCACAGAUGAGGUGCAGGUUUACCACAGCAGCAGGUCAGAGUGGGAAGAGGUGUCACCCAUGCCAAAAGCCUUAACUGAAUUUUACUGCCAAGUUAUUCAGUUCAACAAAUAUAGGGACCCAUGGUUUUCUAAUCAUUUCUAAAAAUAAUAUUUGCAUGAGUGGUCUAAAAUGAUGCCUAGUAGAAUUAGUAAAAAAGUAUCUUACUUAGCACAAUAAAAUAUUCCUUCUAUUGAAGAAUGACUAGAGAUGUAUGCUGUCUAUAAAGUAGACAGUUACCAGAAAGUUAAAAUACAAAAUACAUUUUACCAAAGUUACAUUGAAUGUAAUUUAAUAUUGAAUAGUUCAGAAUACUUAGUAUUUUCUUAUGUAAGUAAAAAUUAUAGGUUUUGACCCUUUGACUUUAAGGUAAAGGAUGACAAAAAAAAUCAGUGUUCAUAAAUGUGUACCAUGUAGAAGGGAGAACUCUCUUGAGGAAGGGAAAAUAGCCUAUAUACUGUCACAUUGUGUGACAUCAAGAUAAAUUAGAAAUAGGUGAGACGCUCACAUUGAACAUUGUAGGUCUAAGAAUUAUUGAAUCCCUAUCCUUUUCUGCCUGCUACUUAAGUGAUUUCAUUUUACCUUUGUUGUGGUCAGUAACUUUCUAAAAUACAUUUCUUCACCCUUCUGGUCAAUAUACUAAGAAGAGUUUGGCUUUAUUAUGGUACAUGAUAUUAUGUACAUGUAAUAUGUAUUUGUUAUUAAGAGCAUAUUUGAGCACUUUAUAGUGCUAAGCCAUUGCAAUUAAUAUUUUUUUACUUGCUUGUUUAUUUGUUUUUAGUAUCAUUGUGAGACUGAGCUUUUAAUAACAUGAUAGCUUUCAUUUUUUGGUUCAAAUUUGGUAAAUUUACAUUUUUUAUUUAAUUAUCAUCCUAAAUUGCACCAAGCUUGACUGUGUCUUAACAUAUAACCCACUGAGUGAUGUCCUUGCAAUCUGAAAUGGUACUUUUAAAAUGUUCUUUCUAUAUCAUUAGUGCCUGUUCCCCCAACAUAGAGGAUAUAGAAAUUUUUAUCUCUAGAGAAGCUGGUCAUUAUAAAGUAGUGGGUUUCUUUUUGGCCUUUGUAUACAUGUUUGUCUUUAUACUUUAGUUCCUAUUCAUCUCUUCCAUUGCCUCCACCCAUCCCCCAGGUCAUACUCUAGCUGGUUUCUUCCUGCCAGAUAGUCCCCCUUUUGCUUCCAGGCCACAUGCAUUCCCUUACCCUCUCUUCUGCUCCCUUAAGAUCUUUUCCUUCCUUCAAAGUCGUCUUUCUACUUCCAUGUCUCACAAACACAUACUGUAUACAUGCACAGAUUCAGAAACAAAUCUAGAUUCUGCAUGAGAGAAAACAUACGAUUUUUGUCUUUCUGGAUUUGGCUUAUUUCACUUAGCAUAUUGACCUCUAGUCCCAUCCAUUUUCGUGCAAGUGCCCUGAUUGCAUUCUUGAAAGCUGAAUGUAAUUCUAUUGUGCAUAUAUACCACGUUUUUUAUAUUCAUCCAUUGAUGGUCAUCUAGGCUGAUUCUGAUAUCCUGAUAUUCUGAUAUCCUGACUGUUGUGAACAGAGUGCAGCAAUAAACAUAAAUGUUCAUUAAGAAUCCUUUGUGUGUAUAACCUGGAGCUGCAGUAAGAUUCCAGGGUUUAAUUAGUACUUUACCAGUUUCCUGCCAUAGGUUCUAAUUGUAAAGCACCAUGUUGUUUUAUGACUUCAGUAAAUUAUUCAAGGUGAAUCAAAAUGACAGGACUUCUGAUAUCAAUAGUUUCAAAAUCUGUCUUUGUCGGCUUCAACCAGAGCAUGACCAUUCUUCUUCGUGAGCAAGGUCAUUCUGCUUCACAAGAGGUAUGCUUGUUUAAUUGCUCUAAAAGAUACUGCCAUUUUAGGUUUUAAUACCUCUGAUUUACAUCUUAGGAACUAUAUAGAUCGCACAACUUAGAAUUAGUGUGGUUUCCUACACUACAUUAUAAAUAUUAAUUUGUAGUAAGUGUAGUUAAUGUUUACCUAAAUGAAAGUUCUUUGAUUUUAUCACAUAAAUGCAAACACAAAUUUCAGAUGUAUUUUCAAAGUAUAUUUGCAUGCAGCUUCAAAAUUGGACUAUCAGCUGUCAGUCACAGGGUAUUCGGUACAAUCAAUAGCUCUUUUUAAGCAUAUUGACUGGUGGCUGUGCCUUUUCUUUCAUGUGUACUUAAGAAAAAGAAAACUCAGAGGAUGCUUCUCUGGCAUUCUUAGAGAAAGCUGGUAACAAAGAGUGGCCUAUGUGGGACUGGUAAGUAUUUCUUAGUAAAGUAUGCUUAAAUAAUAUCAUCAGUGAAUCUAGGAAUCAUUCAUUUCUUUCCCCUCCAAAAAAGAGAAACUAAAUUAAAACAGUCCCCUCCCAACAGUGUUACAUUAUCCAACCCUUUUUAUUUCUGCUAUUCUCUAUGGUAAUGUUCUUGACAUCGAGACCCAACUGGUGUACUUGGAUUUGUUGUCUUUUCUUAUGGUUUGGGGCCUUAGUUAUAUUGCCGUGUUUGCUUUUAAACACGUUCAUUUCUUGCCGUCUCUAUACAUCUACACCCUGUGCUUCUUUCCAGUUGUCAUUAUGAAGAAAAUACUAUGUCCAGUCAUAGAGCCCAGCCUCUUCAUUUCUUUAUCACCACCACAACAGGCUUGGCUCCACUAAUGUCUAAUUUUGUAUUUCCUUGACAUACUUUCAUCUAACUGCCCCAGUAGGGAAAAAUGGCUUUGUGUUCAGAAUCUCCAGGACUAUAUCUACAUUGGAUCCUUUGUUCCAUGACUAAACUGGUACCUCCAGUGGUCUUGCCAGUCAAUGUGGCCUCACUGCCUGAGAACAGAACUUAUCACUCUGAUGCUCUUCAUUCUGGUUUUCUUAUAUGCAAAUCUCGGUGGUCUCUGAGGUCUAUUUUGAGAAUAUAGCAUCCUUUUAUGACAUCUUCCUGUAGGUCUUUUUUUUUAUUUCUCUUUAAAGUAGUUUUCCUUUCAUGUUGGCCUUCAGCCAGGGCUACAUGUAAUGACCAAAUAAUUGGGCUCACUAUCCAGACUGCUGUCAUUCCUGUGGAAAAAAAUUGUUAACAUUUCUCCAUCCUAUUUGUGUGUGUGUGUGUGUGUGUGUGUGUGUGUCUGUGUGUGUGUCUGUGUCUGUGUCUGUGUAUGUUUGAGACAGGGUUUCUCUGUGUAGCUAUGGAACCUGUCCUGAAACUUGUUCUAUAGACCGGGCUGUCCUCGAACUCACAGAGAUCCACCUGUCUUUGCCUCCCAAGUUCUAAGAUUAAAGGCGUGUGCCACCACGGCCUGGCUCAUCCAUUAUUUUUUUUUUUGUCUUGCUUUACUUCAUUAGGAGGAUACAUCUAGAAAUACUUGAAUAUUAUCUCCUAAAUAUUGAAGGUAUGUAUAUAGCAUUAUUAAAUAUAGGAAAAGAUUAACAUAUGAAAUAAAAUCAGAGUUGAUGAACAUUCUUGUUGUGAUCUUCAAACUUGAGUUAAAAUGCAGUACACCUUUGUUCAUGUACAGUCUUGAGCAAGAGUAUUCACAUAAUUAAAAUUAAAAUCCCAUAACACUCAACUCUGUAUUGGUAAGGAAAGAAAUAUUUAUCACAGAAGCAUUCAUUGUAUUCAUUACCCAUGAAAGCUGGAUUAUUUGAGGGCAACCACACAUUGCAACAAAAUUCUACUUUUCUUAUGUACUAAGAAGAACAAAUGAAUGUGUGUUCAUUGUGUUUGGCUCAAUUAUACAUUUGACAACCAAAGUCUGAGACAGAGCUAAUCUCUUUAAUAUUUUGAUAUUUGGAAGCAACAAAAUACAUACUGGAAUAGAAUGCUACUUUGGGAUUGUUUUCAGGUUGAUUGAAUUCAUUGUUCUGGAAGCUUUUCUCUUGUAUUUGAAAUUAAAGUAUAAGUUUUAAAAAUGUCUCCAAGAAAGCAGCUCCAGAGGGUAGCCCUUUAAAAUAAGGGCUAGACUUUACAGGAAAAUAGACCUCUGUUCACUGUAAGAAACAACAAUUGCACUUUAUAAAGUCCUAAGGGUGAGACUAUUACUAAGACAUUUUAACUAUUCUGAUUUCAAUUGGUUUACAUACUUGAGAUUUUUUUUUAAAAUAGAACUUGAUUUUACUUAAGGGAAAUUUUCUCUUUCCUUCCUUUCUCACUCCUCUGUCUUUCUUCCAUUCUUCCUUCCUUCCUACUACCACUCAGGAAGAACAUCUAAUUGAGUAAAAAUAUGAAGACAAGAACCAAAACCUAUAUGAAUUGUUAUUAUUUCCCUGACACAGUACUUACAUAAACAGAGGUGGUGAUUGCCUACCUUUAUAUCUUAAAAUUUAAAGUAUGUUUAUAGAUUAUAUUUGAUGACCUAGUGCCUACUCAAAUUUAUACCAAAAUAGAGAAUUUAAUCCAAGAAUAAUAUUAUUGUUCAUUUACAAAAUGUUAGCUCUUAUAAGUUAGAGAUGUACAUUAAAAGUGAAAAUAAUCUUGGAAUAAAAGACAGAGAAAGUUUUUCUAACUUAAACAUUUCAGACACAUGAUUUUUGUCUUAGAGUUUAUAGUUCAGUGUGGACAAAGAAUUACUAUACUAUACUGAUUCCAAAAAGUUACCUUAGAAAUUGUUGCUAAUACUGAAAGUAACUUUGCCAACUGUGAUGAGAACUUCAGUUCUUGCUUUAAAGUUGUUUUAAAUUCAGUCUUUAAAGCACUUGGAGAAGCACCAUGUUUCUUGUUGCUACAAAGUAUAUCCUCAUUUGCCUUCUUGUUUAAGAGCUCAACACAUUGACUUCUCCAUCAGUGGUCAGGUUGCAUGAUUUCUCUUUGUAAGGUUGCCACAGAGAAUUCUUCAUUGUAGUGCCAUGUUGUUGGGUUGAGCCUGGCAAGCUUGGUAGAAUCUUUGACAGAAGGAUUUUACCUUACUGUCUAGUGCCAGUGAACUUGGUGGUUCAAACAUUUCAUUCUUGUCUAGCUCUCUAGGUCUUAGUAGUCCUACAGAGUCUAGAUCAGUGGUUCUCAAACUGUAGGUUGCAACCACUUUGGGGAUCAAACAGCCCUUUCACAGGUCACCAAAGACCAUCAGAAAACACAGAUUAUUACAUGACAAUUCAUAACAGUUACAAAAUUACCUUUAUGAAGUAGCAACAAAAAUAAUUUUAUGGUUGGGGGUCACCACAACAUGAGGAAUUGUAUUAAAGGGUCACACAAUUAGGAAGGUUGAGAACCACUGGUCUAGAGCCUUGUUGUGCAUCCUGAGUGCCCUCUUCCCAUCAGCAUAAUCAUAAACAUAUAUUUUGCCUGGAGAAUUUAGGGGCAAAAUUUUAAUAACAAUUUUUGAUACAGUUUUCAAAAUUUUAAAAAUACUUUUAGAAAGUCCUCUAGAAAGUCUACAAAACAUAGAAAUCAUAGAUACCAGUUACAUUAUUAAGAGGAGGACAGUUUACUCGCCGAUCAAUAUAGACUAGCUUUAUGAUAAUAACAGCAUGAUAGUUUCAUAAAACAAGGCCAUAAUUCCAUAGUUAUCAACCAUGAAACUUUAUUCACCUCAUUAACUCUGAGAACAUUCCCAACCAUACAGAACUAACUAGCUCAACAAAUUGUGCUAUUCUUCUUGAGAGUAAUGAAGUUGCUGAAAUAACUCAGAGUACAACCCUCUAUUAAUAAGUAUCACACUAAAUAGAUAUUACUUUAUAUUUCUCAUCUACAUGGAAGCUCACAGGGACUGAGACAUAACUUCAUCAUUUCAGGACUCAGCAAUUAGCACAGUGCCUAUCAUAUAAAUCUGUCCAAUAAACUAAUUCUAUUGAGCAAUGUGUAUAUGUAAAGCAAAAUAUAUUUAUCAUGACUGAAUGUGUCUGAUUCUUUUGUACCUUUGGCAAAUUGUUUCCUGAAGGUGAUGUUAUACCUUCUAAGUAAGUCUUAGAAAUUUUUUUCUGAAAGUGAUGUUAUAGUUUCUUUCUUUAUGGUGAUGUUAUAGCUUUUAAGUAGUUUUCUACCUAUUUUUCAGGUAGUUGAUUAUUUGUUUUCAUACAUUUUAACCAUAAUAGUAACUAUAACAGCUAAUCCUUCAUUUUCUUUAAGUGGCAAUAAUGAGUAAGACAUUCAGUACAAAUUCCAUUAAUACAUUUGCAACCCCCAUUUCUAAGUGUAAUUGCUUCAGUGAUAUUUUUUCCAGUUGGGGGAGGUAAUGCCCAAUGCUAUUACACAGGUAACUUAUUUCAUUUCUCUGUUAGUGAAAUGUGAGUCUUCUGCCAUAUGCUAUGAGAAAUAAAGUCAGCAUUUUUUCAGGUUUGUGUUAACCUUAAUAAUUAUCUAGUAAAAUGUCUCAGUUCUAUAAAAUGUUAAUUUAUUAAAAUGUGUCACAAUUCUCUGCAUUGUUAUCGGAAAUAAAAGAGAGAAAAGUAGA